CUUCCUCCUGCCCCUGUAGGACAGCCAUGGAGCUGCCCUGGAUGUCCCUGCUACUGGUGGCCUCUUGUGUCUCCACUCUCCAGGGCUCACCAGAGAGCAAUGUCCAAGAGGCCAGCAUCAACCUGUCCCAGCCCUUGCACAUUGUGGAAGAAGGCAACCUGCUGGUGCUCACAUCCGCUGGCCUGACCCAGAUGCUGAACCAGACCCGCUUUCUCAUGGUGCUUUUCCAAAACCCGUCCUCGCGGCUGUCCAGGGACCUGGCUGAGGAGCUGGGCAAAGCUGUGGAGAUCAUGGGCAAAGGCAAGAAUGGGCUCGGCUUCGGCAAAGUAGACAUCACUGUGGAGAAGGAACUUCAAGAGGAGUUUGACAUUAAGAAGGCCCCAGAGUUGAUGCUGUUUUUUGAAGGCAACAGGUCGGAACCCAUCAGCUGCAAAGGAGUGGUUGAAUCUACUGCUUUGGUCGUUUGGUUGAGAAGACAAAUUAGCCAGAAAGCAUUUUUGUUCACUAACACCCAGCAGGUGGUGGAGUUAGUGAAAUCCAGACCCUUGGUCAUCAUAGGCUUCUUCCAGGACUUGGAGGAAGAAGUGGCAGAGCUGUUCUAUGAUAUGAUCAAAGACUUCCCAGAGCUAACGUUUGGAGUGAUAUCAAUUAGCGAUGCUGCUGGGCGUUUCAACGUCAUCCUUGACAGUGUUCUGGUGUUCAGAAAGGGGAAAAUUGUGAACCGCCAGGAGCUUAUCAAUGACAGUACCAACAAACGUUUUCUCAAUCAAGUCAUAAAGCAGCACCUCACAGAUUUUGUUAUUGAAUAUAACUAUGAGAAUAAGGAUCUGAUUUAUGAGUCACCUAUCCUGAAUCACAUGCUGCUCUUCGCCUCCAAAAGCUCCAUGUCGUUUGGGAUGAUAAUGCAGCAUUACAGGCUGGCAUUGAAGGAAUUCACAAACAAGAUCCUUUUCAUCCUUGUGGAUGCCGAUGAACCCAGAAACGGACGGCUCUUUGAAUACUUCCGGAUCACAGAGAUCGACAUCCCAUCAGUCCAAAUCCUAAACUUAAGCUCUGACACGAGGUACAAAAUGCCUUCCGAGGAGAUAACCUAUGAAAACCUCAAGAAAUUUGGCCGCAGCUACUUGACUGGAAGUGCCAAGAAACAUCAAUCCAGUGAAGAGAUUCCAAAAUAUUGGGACCAGGGCCCAGUUAAGCAGCUCGUUGGGAAGAACUUCAAUGUUGUCGUCUUUGACAAGGAUAGGGACGUAUUUGUGAUGUUCUACGCACCCUGGUCUCAGAAGUGCAGGGCGCUCUUCCCAGUGUUGGAGGAGCUGGGCAGAAAGUAUCGAAACCACUCCACAGUCACCGUCGCCAAGAUCGACAUCACAGCCAACGACAUUCAGCUGAUGUACCUGGACCGGUACCCCUUCUUCAGGCUCUUCCCCACUGACUCUCAACAAGCUGUAUUGUACAAGGGAGAUCAUACCCUGAAGGGCUUUUCUGACUUCCUAGAAAGUCAAAUCAGGACCAGGACUGAGGAUGAAGAUGAGCUCUUGUCUGAUGAGCAAAGUGAAGUUACAGAAGAGGAAAUAUUAGCUGAUGUACCUUUUAUAAAGAAAGAAGUACCUGGACAGAAGGUGCCUGAGCCGGAGGUGAUGGAGCUGGGAGAGCCAGCCGGGCAGAAGGGGACAGCUGGGGAGGGGACGGAGGCAGCUAAGCCGGAGGGCCCCCCACAAGAGAGGAAGCCAACGAGGAAAGAACUGUAGCUUCUCCAGAGCCAAGAAGGAAGGUGCCCACUUUUCAGGACCUGGCAUCCUUUUCUGAGCGGAUCUAUUCCAGUAAAAUUAAAUACCCUGGUGUGGGUGGGUGGAGGCUGGGUAAUAAAAGCCUCUGAAUGUC